AUGCCAUCAGAUAACAUGCUUAUUUUUCCUUCUUUACUGCUGCAUCAGUGUCUGACCUUGCUGAGGGUGGGAGACCCUCACCACUCCUUUCCACCCUCUCUCUCAGACAGCUCUGCUCAGCCUGGCCCAGGGAUGGAGUCCCUYCCUGAAGGAGUCCUUAUCCAAAUCCUGGCUUCUAUACCUGCAGUGGAUCUGAUACUGGUGUGCCGCCUGGUCUGCUGCCAGUGGAAGAACCUGGUUGAUGGAGCUGCACUKUGGAUCCUGAAGUGUCAGCAGGAAGGCCUCACCAGAGCAGAGUCAGAGGAAGAGGUAGAGAACUGGCAAAACUUCUACUUCCUGAGUAAGAAAAGGAAGAAUCUCAUAAAGAACCCAUGUGGUGAAGAAGACUUGGAGCACUGGGGAGAGAUAGAGAAUGGAGGUGAUGGCUGGAAAAYUGAAGAGCUCCCAGGGGACUUUGGAAAAGAAUUUCCUAGUGAAGAYGUCCAUAAAUACUUUGUUACGUCUUAUGAGUGGUGUCGAAAGGCUCAGGUCAUUGACCUUAGGGCUGAGGGCUACUGGGAAGAGCUGAUGGAUACAACCCAGCCUAAAAUCAUGGUAAGAGACUGGUAUGCAGGACGCAGUGAUGCUGGCUGCCUCUAUGAGCUGUGUGUGAGGCUGCUCUCUGAGAAUGAGGAUGUGCUGGCUGAGUACAAAAGUGAGACUAUCACCAUCCCAGAGGACAAUGAUGCCAGCUGGACUGAGAUCUCCCACACCUUUUCCAGCUAUGGGCCUGGGGUCCGCUUUGUCCGCUUUGAACACGGCGGUCAGGACACGCUGUUCUGGAAGGGAUGGUAUGGUGUCCGUGUCACCAACAGCAGCGUGACAGUGGAGCCAUAGCUAUGCUGAACUGGGACCUGCAUGCUGGAGCUGACUUCCCUCAGGGCAUCCCAUGGCCUCUGGAUGGUUUCUGCAUGGUGCUGCUUCUGGCUGUAGAGCAUAUGGCCUUUCUGUAUAGGAACACGCGUGCAAGAUGCCAGGAGCCAGCACCCAUCCUUGCUCAAGGGGACUGUGCAGAGAAUGUGAAUGAAUCUGUGAAUGCACUGCAAGACUCAGCCUCACCACUUGCACUGAUGUUCUCCAUCAGACAGGAGAUCACCUAUAAAUUCUGUGGAUGUCCUCUCCUAGGCCUCUAAUCCCUAGCACUCAGCCUAAGCAAGGCAUCUCUCCUGCCUACUUCCCAGACUUCAGCACUCCUUAACUUUUAGGGGAACUGCAAGUAUAUUUUCUGGAAGCUAGAGUGGGAAGAAAAGAAUAAAGAAAUCCACAGAUCCUGUGUCUCAACACAUGGUAGGGAGAUGCAGAGCCCUGUUACCAACUUCUGUGACCUGCAGUGAAAAGCUUGGUUUCUCCUGUUUAUAAACAGGUAGCAUUGUUUACCACAGAGGGGCUCUAGCUUGGCUGUCAAGUGCUAUUAGUUUAAUUUUUAGUGAUAAUGCAAAGCAAGAGGGAUUGGAUCCUCUUCUCUUACACUGUUCCCAGCAUCUGUUUAUCAAGGAAAGUGCUUGGACCAGAACCCUGUCUGGUGUCCAACCCUGGGGCUUCAUUUGGCUCCCUCACACAGAUGACAUCUGAGAGUAAUUGCUGAGGAGGAGAGAGAGAUGGCAACAACUUGGGGAAAUGGGUUAGAAAAAAUUGGGGAUAGAGUCCAGGAACAAAUGGAAACAAACUCUUCUACCCCUUCCUGGCCUCUGCAUGCUUCAUGCAACAAGCAUCCUGGUCAUCCAGUGUGACUUUUCUAGCAGGACACAGAAGGCUGUUUGCUUCCUAACACUGUCUGCAAUAAGUACACMUCUUCAUCCACCAUGUGCUUGCUGUCAAGACAGCACAUCACUCUCCCACAUGUGCCUCRAUAUCACUUAGGGCUGUAAACCCCAUCCUGAACGUGCCCCUGAGCUUCCCUGAGCCAAGACUACUGUCCCUGCCAGUUAAGGACGCACUCAGAAGAGCAUCCCCUAACAGAGCUGGUGUUACCUAGACCAGGUGCUUACAUUUUUGUCUUCCCUCCCUGGGCUSCCAUUUAAGUGCCCCCUUACAUAUGCAAUGACUGCUACUGCCUGCAGCCAAAGGAGAGAGUUUCCCACUUGGGCACUGUUCCUGCUGCUUCCUCAGGAUUCCUGCACAGCUGCACCUGGAUGCCACAGGCAGACAGGACUCCCAAACCACAGCCAYGCCAGAGUCCAGGCAGUCAUAAUAAAGUGACACAAUUGUGUGUGGAUAUUCUU